AUGACAGUUAGUGAUUUCAUUAACAGAGAUACAAAAGAGUGGAAUCUGAGGAUGCUAGAAGAAUACAUGAACCCAGAAGAGAUUCCGCUAAUCCAAGGCAUGGCCAUUAACAAGACUUUCCACAUGGACAGUUAUAGUUGGAGCUACACUAAAACCGGUCUAUACACGGUAAAGUCCAGAUAUUGGGUCGCAAGAAACCUUCUCAACCCAAUUGAGGAGUCAUAUUUGGAGCCAAGUAUCCGACCUCUACAAGCUCAUGCUUGGAGGAUGAAAGCCGCAUAA